AGGUGCUUUGUUUAGAAGGCCACAUGACAAAAACAUUAGGAUACCUGGACCUGGGGGCAACAGGAAUGGUAAAGAAUGGCCCGUAUGGUACCAACAAGCCUCACUCACUCCAUCCAUCCAGGGUUUUCCCCAGUGAUCCAUUCAAACCAGCAAAAACUCCAAUGCAAUCUCCCAUCACUCCCUGGGAGUGGAGCAAAAAUCAAACACUGCUUACUGGUGGGGUUGGUCAAAGAGCUAAGCGCAAACCUUCCUUGAAAACUGGGAGAACCAAGAAAAUUUUUGGAUGGGGAGAUUUCUAUUUUAACAUCAAAACUGUCAAGUUCAGUCUGUUGGUGACCGGGAAGAUUGUCGACCACAUAAAUGGGACGUUCAGUGUCUACUUUCGGCAUAACUCCUCUAGCCUUGGAAAUGUGUCUGUCAGUAUUGUUCCACCUACAAAGGUGGUAGAAUUUGACCUUCUACAGCAAUCUACUUUGGAUACCAGAGAAACUAAGACAUUUAACUGUAGGGUGGAAUAUGAAAACACCAACAAAGCCUUGAAGAACAAACCCUGCCUCUAUGAUCCAGCCAAAAACUGCUAUAUGGAACAUACCCAAAGUCAUGCCGCGUGGCUUUGUGCUAAACCAUUCAAGGUCAUUUGCAUCUUUAUCUCCUUCUACAGUAUUGACUACAAGCUGGUGCAGAAAGUGUGUCCAGAUUAUAAUUUUCAAAAUGAACAUCCCUACUUUGGUUGA